AUGGGAGAGAAGCAACCAAGACUGCCAUUUGCAUCAGAAGUAGAUCCAAGAGAAAAACAUGCUUUGGGAGUAGUGCAUUCUAAUGUCUGCAGACCAUUUCUAGAACCUUCACUAGGAGGGAAUAAAUACUUUGUGGCAUUUGUGGAUGAGUUCACAAGGAUGAAAUGGAUAUCCCUUAUAAAGUUCAAACAUGAGGUGUUUACUAAAUUUAAGAAAUUCAUAAUCAAGGCUGAGAAACAGAGUGGUCAGACUUUGAAUAUUCUCAUAACUGGUGGUGGAGGUGAGUAUAACUCUACUGAGUUCAAGAAGUUAUGUCAGGAGAAUGGAAUUGAGUAUGAAGUUAAAGUCAACAGAGAUGUUGUUGUGAAAGAGUUAGAAGUAUGGGAUUGGAGCAAGUCUAAAUCCAAAUCCGGUGCAGACUUAACUUCUGAAGAUAUUGAUUUUGAUUCUAAAGAUGAGUCAGAGCCUAAAAAUGAUUUUGAGAGUGAGUCAGAAUCAGAAGGCAAGAUUGAUUCGGAGGAAGAAUCUAAUUCUAAUCUAGAUUCUGAUGGUGAUUCAGAUUCUGGUGAUCCAGAUUUUGAUGGUGAUUCAGAUUUUGGUGGUAGUCCAGAUUCUAGGAAUGCUCCAGUUCUGAAGAGACCACAAAGAAUCAGAAACAUUUCAAGAAGGUUUGCAGAGUUUGACAUACUGCAAGAUACUGAAUCAGAUUCUGAAGGGGAAAUUAUUCAGUGUUCCAUGUUAGUAGAUUAUGAACCCAUGAGUAUGGAAGAAGCUCUCAAUCAUAAAGUCUGGCUGAAGGCCAUGAAAGAAGAACUUGAUGCAAUAUAUAGAAACAAGACUUGGAAGCUGACAUAA